CGAAAUUACGUCGUUUACCGUAGUUGCUGGUUGUUAAACCGGAAACGGAACUCGGGAUUCAAAUGCGCAGACUGCUUUCAAUUCUUUAAACAAUGCGCAUAACCUUUGUUGAAUCGCAUGAAACUUCACAAUUUCAGUCCCAACCAAAAGAAUUAGUGAUGAAGUUUUUGCCGGUCCUAUACAUGAGGGGUGGAAGAUGAGUGUUCAUGGCUGCCAGCACUUAAGUGCCUUUAAAGCAGCCAAAGGAACCGAUCCUUUCCGCAUAAUUUAUUCUUACUUUAUCGUUUGUCCCUCAGCUGACGCACGGCGGAUAAAGGCAAAGUCAUGUGUUUGCCAUACCUGUCGACAGCCCACCCUUAGACUUCAUGCUUGUAUGUACUGUAUAUAUUUUGGGUGUUACGGUGCUAAACAUAUUCAUGAACAUGCCAAGGGCAAGAAACAUAACUUGGCUAUUGAUUUAACAUAUGGGACUGUAAUAUGUUUUUCCUGUGAAGAUUAUGUUUAUGAUAAAGAUUUAGAGGAUAUUGCCAGAUCAUUUAGCCAAAAGCCAUCUCUAAAUCUUGUCAGUGAGUAUCUAAAAGACCCAUUUUCUUCUUGGGAACCAUCAGAAGAUGAAUUACAACUUUUGAAGAAAAAUCCAAAGAGAAGAAAGGUUGAUGCCAAAUCUACAGUUGGGUUACGAGGAUUAAUCAAUUUAGGAAAUACAUGUUUUAUGAACUGUAUUGUUCAAGCCCUCACUCACACUCCAAUAUUACGGGAUUUUUUUCUUGCUGAUCGCCAUACUUGCCAAAUGCCUGGAGAAUCCAAACAGUGCCUUGUGUGCGAAAUGGCACGACUCUUUCAGGAAUUUUAUUCAGGUGUAUGUACACCACAUAUACCCUAUAGACUGCUGCACCUAGUGUGGACCAAUGCUCGACAUUUGGCAGGAUAUGAACAACAAGAUGCUCAUGAAUUUCUUAUUGCAGCUUUAGAUGUACUACAUAGACAUUGCAAAGGUAUUGCAGCUAAUUUUCACUUGGGUACUAAUGGUAUGAGUUGCAGUAAUCCUCAUCUGUGUAAUUGUAUUAUAGACCAAAUAUUUACUGGUGGACUUCAGUCAGAUGUUACAUGUAAGCAGUGCAAUAAUGUAUCUACCACUAUUGAUCCUAUAUGGGAUAUAUCAUUAGAUCUUGGUCCAGGUCCACCUGCCUUUAGCUCACACUCCACUCCAUCCCCAGGGGGAACAGGUUUUACAAACAGCCCAGGGAACUAUGAACCUACCUCACUUUUAGAGUGUCUAAAACGCUUCACACGACCAGAACAUUUAGGAAGCUCAGCUAAAAUUAAAUGUGGUAAAUGUCAAUGUUAUCAGGAAUCAACUAAACAAUUAACAAUGAAGAAAUUACCAGUAGUGGCCUGUUUUCAUCUCAAGAGAUUUGAGCAUUCCACAGGUUACCAUAAAAAGAUCUCAACUUUUGUAUCAUUCCCCGAUGAGUUAGACAUGACACCGUUCAUGUCCUCCUCAAGAAAUGACAACAAUGGUUUUUCAAAUCAAAUUAUACAGGAUAUGCCCACAAGUCUUUCAUGUGAUAAUAAAUAUUCUUUGUUUGCUGUAGUAAAUCACUGUGGUACUAUAGAAGUUGGUCACUAUACUUGUUAUAUACGCUUACAUAAGGAUCAAUGGUUUAAAUGUGAUGAUCAUAUGAUAACUAAAGCAACUAUAACAGAAGUUCUCAAUAGUGAAGGAUAUCUACUCUUCUACCAUAAACAGAUUUUAGAGUAUGAAUGACAAAUGGUGAUACAUAGACUACGAUAUCCUUGCUCAAAUCAUCAUUAAUUAAAAUAUCAGGUUCUAUCAUGACAUUAUCAUGACAUAAUACCAACAUAUUACCAGUAUUAUAUCAUCCCUCCUCUUAUAUUUAUUAUAAUAUAGCUUCACAUUUCAACUUGACCAAUAUUCACCAUUACAAUUCAAAUUCAAUCUAUAUAUCCAAUGAUUCAAAGUGGCAUUUAUUAAGUUCAGAUUUGGAAUUUAAUUGCACAGAUGGCUGGUUAUCAUUAAACUUUAACAAUUUGAUUAAAUAUUCACAAUACAAACCACACUUCAAAUCCACUCUAAAAGUAUGGAUUCCAGUGAUUCAAAAUGGCAUUCACUUAGUUGAAAUUUGGAUUUGAAUUGCCUUAAGUUGGACGGCCGUGUUGGUUAUGAACUAAACUGUAAAAUAUUCACCAUCGAAAACAAAUUCACUCAAAAAUAUCCAGUGAUUCAAAGUGGCAUUCAUUAAGUUGAAAUUUGGAUUUUAAUUUACUGGAUGGAUGGAUGAUUAUGGAUUAACUGAAAUAAAACAGACUAUUUGUACAAUUUCUUGUUUCAAGUUCUUACAAAAUACAACACCGACAACUAGCUAAUAGUUAUUUAUUUUUUUUUCAAAAUUCACUUAAAGAUAGAACUGCCAAGACUAUCCUUAAAAUUAUUUUUGUUUCCUCAAAUCCUACCUAUGUUGUAAACUAUGGCUCAGUUGAACAGUUUAUUUUUUAUACGCCAACAAGUUUUUGUGGUUGAAUUUUGUCAUCACGACACCCAUGUUGGUCAUUCUAUUAACAGGUUCAUUUUCAAAAUUAUUUUUUUGUAAUUUGAUGUUCUCGGCUAAAAAAAAGCUUAUAAAAAUAUGUUCUUUGAAUUGUUGGCCCAUGACAUCAAUACACUCUACAGGUCAAAUUAAUCAAGGGUCGGUCAGGUUAUUACAGGAAACAAAGAUAUUUUUAUUGAUGGCCUAUUAUAUCAUUUUGUAUAGUGAGUAUGUAUACAUAAAUAUCAGUGAUUUCGUAUUAAGACAUAAAUUCCUAUUUAUUAUUUUUUGAUUGUAAGAGUCAGCUAUGCUUUUCUGAAUUGAUUUAAGAUCUGAUAAAGCAUGUAAAUUACUUAUAUUAUUUAUUAGUCUAAAUAAAUUAUUCAUGCUUGAUUGUAAAAUAGCUAGAAAGCUGAUAUUCUUUUAGAAAACUCCAAAAAAUGCUGGCACUGAUCAUAUUUCUGAUCUGGUCAUGUGCUUAGAUUCAGGUUUUCAUAUAAUUUAUAAAUGAUUGUCUUUCAUAUUUCAUCUUGUUAUAAUACAAGCAAUUACUUAUAAUUGUUAUUUCUCAUAAAACCCAAAGACCAAAUUUUGAUUAAUUUUCUCUUUUAAGUUUUAUAUUUAAGUUUAAAAUCAAAAUGUUACCUCACCAAUCAUAUAAUGCCUUUACAAGGUUGCAAGGUCAGAGUUUAUAAGGUUAUUUUCUGUUGGUAUCUAAUGUUGUUAACAGUGUCUUCCUGCAGUGUUCUAUGUUUAUUAUUAACAGGGUAUAUAUGUCUUGUUGUAAUAGUGAUAGUUUGUCAUAAUCUACAUCAUUUUGUCUCCUUUAAUAUUCAUGAAUACAUUAAAAAAUUGGAUUAAUAUUCAUGAAUGCAUUAAAAAAAUUGGUUGAAUAUUCAUGAAUACAUUUUUAAAAAACCUAUUGAUAUCAACAUGAAUAACUGUAAAAAAAUAAAUUGAUAUUCGAACUGAGUAUAUUCCAUUCAUGAAUAUUAUUAACAAAUUUAAAUUUAUAUUCAAGAAAAACUAUAAACCUAAAUUAAUAUUCCAUAUUCCAUUCAUGAAUAUAUUAUAAAAUUGAAAAUGAUAUUCAGAAAAAAAAUAAAAAAAAAUACAUUGAUAUUGUGUGAAUGUUGACUAAUAAUUUUAAAAAACGGCUAUUCAUUACUUUCUGAUUUUUUUUUAAAACAAAAUAUUUUUACAUGCAACUAAUGAAUUUUUCUUGAGUAAAACUGCUAGAUAUACAUGUGAAUAAUUUUCUAGAAAAGAACAUAUGAAUAAAUAUUUUAAGUAUAUAAACUAAUAGAGGGUUGAUAUAUGGGCAUGUGGUAUAAGUUUAUGACUGUCUUAUUUUGAUUUUGUAAAAAUAGUUGGUGUGUAUUUAGAAUGUUCGUGUUGAUCAUGACAUCAUAAAAUAAUAUACACACAAUAUUAGCCUGAUGUUCUUUCCUCUAUAUUCUCUUGAUUGUAGAUAUUUGAAUUUUUUGGAAUUAGAUACAAUGAUUUAUAUUUAACAGUUUUCGAUGACAAAUGACCAAAAUAUGUCAUGGGUUACAACUGUUAAAUAAAUCUUGAGGGAUUUUGAUAUUUUCUCGGUGAUUUAUGCAUGUUUAAAAUACAGAUGUGAUGUCAUUCUUUGAUGUUGGCUCACCAUUAUUAAUUAUGGUACAGACACUUUGCCAAUCAUAUGAGAUGACAGUCACAUGAUGAUUUCAUAGAAAUGCUAGUACUUCAUAGUGUAGUCUGUAUUAAAGUUUAAAUGUCUUGAGCAAGAUAUUUUGUAAUAAGUUAUUACACAUCAAUCACAGGCAUUUUUCUGCAAUGUGCUUUAUACUAAGUUUAUAGUAAAUAUUGAGAAUUGUACUCUAGUUUCUUUUAUAAAACUAAAAUGUAAUGCUUCCAAAAAACAGUUAGCCCUUCAUUAAACUGGUGACCGGUAACCUGCCCUUCACUGGUGACUUGUCCUUCAUUAAACUGGUGAUAUGCCCUUCAUUGGUGACCUGCCCUUCAUUAAACUGGUGACCUGCCCUUCAUUAAACUGGUGACCUGUACUUCAUUAAACUGGUGACCUUUAAAACUCUUUAAUACAUUUCUAAUGAAUUUAAUUUAUCCAUCUUAGUCUCAUAUGCUAUGAUUUUGAAUGCUGAUUGAUUAUAUAUGUAUGUAGAAUGAUUUUGUAGAUAUUAGCUAGUCUAAUAUAUUAUUUUGUAUAUAAGAGUUAACAUAUCAUUGUAUAUGUUCUUGAGUUUUUUUUCUAGUAAUUUUUUUUUUCUAGAUUUUAAUGUACAAUUAUUAUAAGUCACAGAAAUAUUUAUAUUGUUGACUUAUAAUAAUUACCACUUACAGUCUUUAGAAAGUGCUAUUUUUGUAUAUGUUCAUCUUUUUUUUUUUUAAACCUUUUUUUUUCUAUCCACUAAUAAAUGUUACUUGAGUAAAAAGAAUAUGAAAAUGGAAUUAUUUGGAAAGAAAUUUACUUACGGAUGUUAUGUAUUGUAUAGACUUGUGUAACUAUUUGACAAGAUCCGAUUUCUAAGGGACUGCUAAAUGUGAAUUUUAAACAUCUGUAUCUCUGUUGUAAAUUGGCAGAGUUUGUCUAAAAUUUAACUGUAAUGUCAAUCCCAAUAAAUCAAAAAUUGUAGGCAGUAACUCAUCUAUCCUUGUAAAAUUUUCAUUAUGGCACACCACAUGUUUUUAUUUGCCUCUGUUCAUUAGCAUGGUUGAUCCAGAAAAGUUUGACUCUAAAUCCCAUUUCAUUUCGAUCGGUGGAAAUAUUUAAACUGAUAGUGUCUCUUAAUUUGGUGACACUAUUCACAAUUUACACACAGCUUGCUAUAAAUUUUAUAUUCAGUUAUUGUUCAUAAUUUCUGUAUACUAACAAUAUUGAAAGAUAAGUAAUAUUUAUUAGUGGCUAAAAGUAAUGGAUAUUGUGUUGUGAUGUUAUCAAGUAGGUUCAACUCUACUUAAUUCUGAAAAUAAAAAAAAGGUAACUAAACAUUGUUAGAAAAAAAAAAAUGUAAUAUUGUUUCCAUACUUGUUACUGGUUAUUUUGUAAGACUUAAUUUAUUUUUUCAGUAACAAUUGUAUGCUUGUUAUUUAUUCAAAAUGAAAUUAUGAUGGAUGAUGGGUAUGAUGAUGCUGAUGUUAUUGAAGUAAUAAGUGAUAUUUUUGUUAGUUUUAUGUAAUGUCACGAGUCGAACUGUUUGUUUAUAAUUAUAUGAUGGAAUACAUAGGCAACAUACAUACAUAAAGAACAAUUAUUAUCUUUGAAUAGUAUAAUGGGGACACAUUCUUGUUAAAAUAAUAAAAGUCGAGCCAAAUUGCUAUAUGCUAAGUGAACAUUGGACGAUUUCAGUUUUUCAAACAAGCAAAAAAAGGUUUUUGAAAAUUUAUCACAGAAACAAAGAUUUCGUUUUUUAGGUUUAAUUAAAGACCAGUUAAUCUUCAGUGUGUGCUAGGCUUUAGUUUUAACUUCAAAUUGUUAAACAUUUAUAGAUGAUAUUUACCUUUAACUAAAUCUAGAGGGCUAUGAUUCAUCAUGAAAAUAAAUGAAGAAAUGUUUUGUUUAUAUGGAGUCCUGGUUAUUGUGAUGUUUGAUCUCGUAACUCGAAGUAGCCUCCUCCUUUACUGUUAGAUAUUAAUGAUUAUUGUCCUGUUUUAAUGAAUGGUAUCUUAUCUUACGAGAAAAUGUGAUCGUUUUGUACAUGAAAUUUUUCUCUUGAUUUUGUUCUGUUGUUUUGCAGUGGCAAAAAGAACAAAAUCAAAGUUCAUUGAUUUCUGACUGCUUUAUGUGUUAUAUUGCUCAAAUAAACUAAAAAUUAAAACAAAGUUAAAAGUUCUGAUGUGUGGCUGAUGAAAUAUAUUAUAUUGUUACAAUGAAUUAUUUGCAAGCAUUUUAAAGCACAUCGAAGUUUGCUGACUAUGCAGAUACAAAAUGAGGGGUAUGAAAGCCUAAAGAUACAAACUGUUUUGCUGGUAUUUUCUUAAGAUACAAACAAUUUCCUAUUAAUACAUUAAAAUACAAACUUUUGCUUAUUUAGUACAAUGCAGUUCUUGUUCUUAAUUGAUUUUACAUGUAAUAUGGCAGAACAUAUGGGUCUCAGUUCACAGAAAUUCAUAAUCCUCAUGAUUCAUGAAGAAUAGAAACAAAAUUUUCCUUCACUAACCAAGUUCGGUGCAGAAAAGUAGAAUAUUAAACCCCAUUUAAUUGCAUUUCACCAAUUUAUUCUAUCUAAAUGGUUUCUUAAUUCCCUCUGUGUUACCAUUGUCUUUAACAACUAGAAGAAAAAUAUAAUGUGACGAAUUGAACAACCUUUCCAAUUAAGUAAGUUGGAAGUUUGAAAUGUAGAUACAUGUACUUGAAAAUUUACUGAAAGUGGAAAACCAAACCAGCAUUAUAAGCAAUAUGGAACAGAAGUGGAAAACCAAACCCCUAUUAUGCACUGAGGGCCAGAAUCUUAGUGGUGAUUAUAUAUUUCUGAGAACAGAAAUGCCCAUGUUCUGUUCAUAUUGUUACUGUAAUCUUCAUUUACAGUCAUCUAGUCGUAAGAGGCUAUAAUUAAAUAUAUUAUGAAUAGAUAUGCCUCAGUCAUUAUUAUUACUUAUAACUAUCAAUAUAUAGGUGUGUCAGUUUAUUAUGUUGACGUGAUAAUAUACUACAAUGAUAUAUCAAAGGUUAAUUGUAUGAAAAUAUAUGUGAGAAUUCAUCUCUUCCAAUUUUACUAAAGCUGUUUUUUUUUCAACAAAUCCAAUCGCUUUGUCCCAUUUUCUGUAUUCUGACCGAUAUGAAAUCUAAAAUGGUUGGAUUUGUGGGGAACAAAAGUUAUUUUUUUUCUAUUAAAGAGACAUAAAACUGAGAGAUAUUUUUUCAGUAUUCAGUUAGCUUUAAACAUGGCCUGUAUACUAGGAUUACUAGGAAUGAUUUAUAUUUACUUGUAUUGAUAUCUGCUGGAGCAGUUUAAAGCUGUAUUUCAAACUUUUUCAUAUGUUAAAUAUGUUGUUGUGAGCAGCUUGCAGUGACUGUGAUGUAGUGAGAGAGAAUAAUAAUAAUAAAAAAAAAUGUUAUUGAUUUGCAA